UCUUCCCACAAUGCACUUGCCGAGCCGUCAGCGGGAAACCAAAAUGGCGAACAUGCUCGGGGCGACCCGAGAAGCACGAGAGCCACACGCGAACACCGACUUUGUUUACUCUCGUGAGCUGUAGAAGCGGAGGUGCCCGAAUGAGAGACUCGGGUGUUCUGAGUCAACUGUCCGUGCAUCAGCGAUCCCACUCCUCACGGCAGCAGGCUGUUCCCUUGUCCCCCACGAGCCAAGAGAGAGUGGCCUAUGGAGAACAGGGCAGGUUCACCGAGGGACAGGACGUCUUGGCCCGGUGGUCGGAUGGCUUGAUCUACUUGGGGACCAUCGCUAAGAUCGAUCGUGACAAGCAGCGAUGCUUUGUGGUGUUUGAGGAUCGAUCCAAAUCUUGGGUUCUCUGGAAAGAUAUUCAGACAGGGGACGAAGAUGAGGAAGAUGACGAGUGUGACGAUAUCGCAUGCUCCAUAUGUCAGGAUGAAACGUCGGAGGAGCCCAACGAGAUUGUCAUUUGUGACAAGUGUGGCCAAGGCUACCACCAGCUGUGCCACUCGCCCAUCAUUGAUGCUGCUGUUAUUGACUCAGACGACAAAUGGCUUUGCUCUGAAUGUCAGAUCACUUCUUUCCCAAAGCAGGAGGAGACACAACCCAUGGAGCUGUCCUUCCCAUACGCCCCGGAAGAACUGGUGUGGGAUGAAGACCACCGGACCAACAUGCAACAGUGCUACUGCUACUGUGGAGGGCCAGGAAACUGGUACCUGAAAAUGCUGCAGUGCAACAGUUGUGAGCAGUGGUUCCAUGAAGCCUGCCUCAAUUGCUUACCCAUGCCAAUGCUCUAUGGAGACAGAUUUUAUCUUUUCAUCUGCUCCGUUUGCAACGGUGGACCGGAGUAUCUGAGCCGACUGCCUCUUGGAUGGGAGGAUGUGACACACCUGAGCCUCUACAACCUGACAAUGAUCCACAAGAAGAAGUACUUUGAUUCUGAGAUGGACCUGAUGACUUACAUCAACAACAAUUGGGACCUGCUGCAGCUUGGGGAGCUUGGCGGUACGCCAAGAUCAAUGCGAUUUGCGUGUGUUCUUGAGGCCUUAAACAGCAACACAACCAAGUUCAUGUCAGGAAAAGAGGUCAAGAAGAAGAAGCACUUGUUUGGGCUGAGGGUUCGAUUCCCUCCCACUCCUCCCAUUGGAGACCAUCCAACUAGAAGACUGAUGGAGCACCCCUCGAAUGGGAUCACUGUCAACUCAAACAAAACAUCACCCAGCAUGAGUACCUACAGGACACCGAAGAAGUCCAAAAAGACGAAGCAAGCAACACGUUCACUGGAGCGCCAGGCGAAACGCAGAUGUACCAGUGAACUCCUGUCCCAGGAACUAAGAAAGCCCGCACCACUAGAAUCCCACUCACUGGAUCGCUUUUCUUCUCUCAAGAGUGAGCCCUCUUUACUGUCAUCUCGAACCUCAGAUGUGGAGUCUAUCGGUGCCCUUAGCACCACAGAAACUACCUCAACUAGCCUCUCAAGGCCGUCCAGCCUGUGCAGCUCCAGCAAGACCCAAUCAACUACUUCCACCAUGCCUCUUUCCUCUCCACCUUUAAAAAGAAAGCGCGGGCGGCCUCGGCGGCUCUUGCCGCCACCCAACCCUGAAAUCCUUCCCCCAAGCCCAGCAGAUCCGAACCCUUCCGGCGCCGAUGUUGUGACACCGCUCCCGGGACUGCACUCUGUAGACAUAGUUCACGGCAUGGACCCCAACAGCCAGCUGUCUCACCUCAAGAGCUCAAUCAGCACCUAUUUCGGAGCGGCGGGAAGGCUGGCUUGCGGGGAGAAAUACAAAGUCCUUGCCCGAAGGGUUACCUUGGACGGCAAGGUGCAGUACCUUAUUCAGUGGGAAGGCGUCACUGCCUCCUAGACUGGAUGUGGUGUGUGGAGGACCAAGAGUGCACAAAUUAAAUCAUCAAAUACGUGCUAUGAAAUACUUAUUUCAGUAUUUGUUUUUGGUACCAGUAUUUCAAAUCUUAUUUUGUCCAUACACAUUUAUUUCAACAUCUAAUUGACCAUUUUUAAUUUUGAAAUAUUGAAGUGAUAUCUAAAAUACAUAUUGAAAUGGAUAAAUACCGAAAUACUGUAUUUCAUGACACAUCUAUUUCAUUGGGGUAUUUAAUUUUGGCAUUCUUGGCCCUCCGUAGAGGUGUCUUGACUGCACACCCGGCCUGUAAUCACAGCAUUAAUUGCCGUUAUCCCUACAGCAUAAUUGUCAGAAGUCAUUUUUCAGUAAAGAUGGAAAAAUGACAACAACAACAAAAAUUCAACAAACAUGAAGAGUCCCCCCAAUUGCUUCAAUGACCUGGAUGACGGAGAAUGUACACAGACAUUAAGAAUUUACUUUUAUAUGUAAAACUAUUUUUUUGCAAGCAUAUUGGAAUUAUUUUAUUCUUUAGAAAUGACUCUGGCAAUUAUGCUAUUCGGUUCACGUAAUAUGUACCUUUUCAGUUUAGACCGGAGUGUUAUGAAGCUUUCUGUAAAGCCUACUGGUUCAGUGCUGUUCACUGUGAAUAUAAAACAUGCAAACAUAUCUUACCGGUUGUUGUUGGUAUAUAUGAGGCUUUGGCAUAUUUGUAUCUCUUUGCUCUUUAGCUUUUUUUUUGUUGUUGUUGUUAUUGCUUGGAAUGUUUACAACAAGCCCUCAGUUAUGCAUAAAACUGUUCAAUGCACUGCGCCUGUAGGCUUUCAAAGAUAUGGUGUUUUAUUUUAAAGUUCAGAUAAUAUGCUUGUCAAUUUCAAACCAGCUGAUUAUAAAACUACAUUUUUUUCUCCCGUGGAAUGUAGCUUGUUGCCAAUCUGGGAGAGAAUAAGGGGAAGUUUUGUUUUGCCACUGAUGUUGCACCGUGAACCAUUGUGUCCACUUGGAUAACAUUUAUUUUUGUACAGUGUUUGCAGAGUUAUAACGUUCCUCUAUACUUCUAUUCUUUAAAAAAAGGCAACACAAUUUGUUCGGUAGACUCUUUGUAUGCAAGACCAUUCUAAAAAAUACGUAUACAUACACAUUGUGCUUAAUUUUAGACUCCCCCCAAGCUUUUUGACGGCUAAAUACAAAUGUUAAGUGGUGUGAUUUAAAUCUUAAAGGACCUAUUGAGUUUUUCCUUGUUUGAUAAUAAAACAAAUAAAAGUGCUGCAUCAGUGAUUUUUA